ACAUCCUUCCUCGCGGAUUCAAAAGUUGGCAGAUAAGAGCAUCAAAAAUUAUGAAGUUAUGUAUUUUAUUUAUAUGGAAUCAGCAGUUGGUAUGCUCUCUCUGUACCCAUCCGCUGCUUUGGAUACAGGCAUACCAGUGAAAGAUGGAGGCCACGGUGAUCCUUUGCUUUCACUUUGUGGUAGAAUCCUCUGCUUUUCAUCUCCAUCUUUCAAUGGGAUUCUAUCUUCUGUCAGACCAUCCUCUGCUUUGAAAGAACGCAAAUCUCAGGCUGUUGUUAAUUUUUGGAGGAAUAUAGGUAAUCUCCAAAAUAAAGCCAGGCUCGGCGAAGAACUGUUUACCAUGCACUUUGAAGGAUUUACAGAACUGAUUCGGAACAGAAGUAGUAAUUUAACUCAUGAGCCCGAAGAUAGCGAUGAGACUGUUACCAGUUCAAUUCAUAUGAACUCUGACAGUGAAAAAGAUGAAGAUUUCGAAGAAGCAUAUUAUGCGUACAUUAUUGAUUUGGAUGAUGUUGCAAACCAAAUAAAACCUCUAUUUUGCUCUGAUGACGAAUGGACUGCCAUUACUUCCAUCCCGCAAAUAUCAACAGAAUUACCUCGUUCCGUGGAAGAGCAACUUGACUUUUAUUUGAAAAAUUCUGAUAUUAAAAAAAUACGGGACUCCUUUAAAUCUUACCAAGGAGCCAUUCCAUUUACGGAUGUGGACGAAUAUACUCGUAGAGUCUUCGAUUACUUCCUUUUUUGUCUUGAAACCCGGCCAGAAUAUUUCUCGCAACGACCAGCCAACGAGUCAACAUUCCGCGCAAGGUUUAUAGAGCCUAUUAUCGAACCGUUUGUUUUCAUAUUCAAGGACUUGAUGGAUAUAACAUGGGGUGAAAUUUCGAGUACGUCUUCGGCUACCCGACGAAAUUUCAAACUAGCAGAGGGUAAAAGACGUAGAAUUGGAUCAAAGGCUGAUGAUAUUGGGUCCCUCGUUAGCAAAGAUGACAAGGAACUUCUUAUUUUUGAGUUAUCUGGAGCACCAACCCGGCUUCCAGCUAGACACACAGGAGAUGACAAAAUUAAACUCGAUGAAUGCAUGGUGGAUGCGCUCAAUAAUCUCCUCGAAGACUUUAAGGAAUGCGAAUUUGAGCUGGCCAAAAAGCUCAAGGUAUUUGGAUUUCAGACGGAAGGCUUUUAUUGUUCCAUCUCUGCGGUGGAAAUAGUUGGACGUGGAAUCUAUCGUCGAAGAACAUUGUCCCGGUUCUCUUUGCCAACAACGGUGCUAGAUUUAUAUUACCUUUAUGACCUCUUUCGAGCCAUGUUUUGUUUUCGAGAUGAACUAGCAACAUUAUUAAUAAUUAUCCAAAAACUCAAAAUUGCAAAGGCCCGAAAACUUAAAAUAGAUGAUCCAGUUG